AUAAACAAGCACAAAGUCACGAAGUGUUUUGCCCAGGGACAAGAAAUAAAAAUAUUAAUAAUCGUCACUGGAUGCGUAAACGGCACCUUCUCCGCCAUCAUAUCUUUUGGCUGGGCAAACUGAUAACAUUAUCAUUAUAAUUAGUAGUAGUAGUAUAAUUAAUAUUAUCUGUCAUCGUCUAAACCUUUGUUAGUAAUAUCACGUAGUUGUCUUCUUCAGAUGUCUAGCUGGCUGGCUUGAGUUCGGCCGCAUCAUGUAGUAAUAUAAGUAAGUACAUGAUGUCUAGCUCACACGUUUUAGCAGAGUAGGAGAGAGAGAGAAGAUAGAGAGAGGGGGAGGGAGAAAGAGAAAGCGAACUAGUGAGCAGGAGCGCAUACAUAAAUUUAUAAUAUAAUAUAUAUAUACAUAUAUAGCGAAGUCCUAAGAGGAGGGACGGACACUUUGGCUGAGUAGACUGUUAAGUGUGGAGGUGAAGAAAACCAGCCAGCAACCAUGGUGUUCGAAUCGUUUGUUGUUGAGUUAAUGAACAAAUUUCUCGGCGAUUAUGUCGAAAAUCUGGAUAGAUCGCAGUUACAACUUGGAAUAUGGGGCGGUGAUGCUGUUUUAAAGAACUUGGAUCUCAAAGAAAGUGCUUUGGAUGAUCUUGAUUUACCAGUGAAGAUAAAAGUUGGACAUAUUGCUAAACUAACAUUAAAAAUACCUUGGAAGAACUUAUAUGAAGAACCAGUUGUAGCAGAAUUAGAUGGCAUCUAUGCUUUGGCAGUACCAAACAUUGCCAUCAAAUAUGAUGAGAAAAAGGAAGAGGCUUUCCUGCAGGAUCAGAAACAGAAAAAACUCAAAGCUGUCGAAGAAGCAAAGAAAUUGGAAGCAGAAAAAGACAAUCCCAAAGAAGAGAAGCAAGAUUCUUUUGUUGAAAAAUUGGCAGCUAAAAUUAUAAAAAAUCUGCAAGUUCAAAUUAGCAAUAUCCAUGUACGUUAUGAAGACAAAUAUACCAAUCCAGCUCAUCCAUUUGCUAUUGGAUUUACUCUUGAAGAUCUAAUCUUUCAGACCACAGAUAAAGAUUGGAAUCCAUGUGUUAUAAAAGAAGCAGUCACACAAAUUUAUAAGCUUAUACGGCUUGAUUCCCUCUCUUUAUACUGGAAUAGCAGAACUGAGUUAUACGACACAUUGCCUCGGGAAAAUUCCCUGAAACUAUUGAAAGAAAAUAUUGCUAGUUCAAAAUCUACUACAGAGUAUACAUACAUGAUCAAGCCUAUAUGUUCUGUAGCACACCUGAGAUUACACACAAAACCAGAAGAAGACUCCUUCCAGAUACCCAAAAUCUUUCUCACUGUAAUAUAUGAUAAUAUUGUGCUCUCUUUAUCUAAACAUCAGUAUGAUGAUAUCCUGGAAUUGCUGGAAUCAUUUGAACGAAUGUCAAUUUCUGCAUUGUAUCGCAAAUAUCGACCAGAUGUUCCCCUCCAGUCUAGUUACUCCAGAUGGUGGAAAUAUGCUUAUGAAUGCAUUUUGGAGGAAACUGUUCGACGUCGAAGAAAGAUGUUUUCCUGGGCUCACAUAAUAAAUCACAGAACUAUAAUGAAACAAUACAAGGAAGCUUACGUUAAGAAACUCUCUCAGAAAUCAGUUGCAUCAAGCGUUUCAAAAACUAUUGCGGAAUCGGAAAAAUAUCUGGAUAUCUUUUGUAUCCUUCUGAUGAGACAACAAGCAGAAGUAGAGGCUGCCAAACUAGAAGUUGUCAAAGCCAACCAGAAGAGUAAAGGGUGGUUUGGAGGCUGGUUUAGCUCUGAAACAAGAAGUCCAGAAAAGCAAGAGAGCAAAGGAAUACAGGAUCAGUUCUAUGAAUUGUACACACCUGAAGAAAAGGCCCGUCUCUAUGAUGCCAUUGGUUAUGAAGAAAAUGUGAAUGAAGGCAUUUUCCCAAAGGAGUAUAUUGCUGUCCAAUUGGUCACCAAGUUGAACUGCCUAGCCGUUGUUAUCAAAGAUGAUGACAAAAAUCACUUUGAUAUUAUGAAGCUGCAGCUGAAUGAAGUGUUUUCAUCUGUAUCCCAGAGGCCAUCUGCUAAUGCCAUUUUAGUCAAUACUUCUAUGAAGCAAUUGACAAUAUUUGGGUCACCACAAAACAAACUCGUCCCAAAAAUGAUGAACUCAAAGAUGACUGAAGGUGAUUCAUCUCCUCUGUUGUCUGUCAAAAUUGAAACCAAUCCUCUUGACGGUAGCUGUGAUACUAGAGUUAGUGUGAAUGCUGAGCCUCUACAGAUAAUCUAUGAUGCUGUAACUGUCAAUGCCUUGGCUGUAUUUUUCAAACCACCCGAAUCAGUCUAUUUGAAACAGUUGUCACAAGCAGCAAUGGCUAAAUUUAAUGAGGUGAAACAGCUAUCUACCACUGGACUAAAACAUGCAAUUGAGCAACACAAAUUCACUGACAUUUGUGUUUAUUUGAAGUCUUCUUAUGUAAUCGUUCCUGAAAGUGGCUUCAAUCGAAAAAAUGCUCGUCGACUUAUCCUAGACCUUGGUAACUUGAAAGUAAACAGUGAAAAAAACACCUCAGAUAUCAGUGUAUCACAGUCAACAGUUGAAGAAUUGCUCCAGUCAGCCUACGACAAGUUCAAUAUUCAACUUGACAAUAUUCAAAUGUUACUUGUUAAGCCAGGAGAGGAUUGGCAAUCUGCCAGAAAAGAAGGAAAAUCAAAAAUGCACAUCUUGGAACCUAUUUCUAUCAACUUGCUAUUUCAAAAAUGCAUGUUUGAUAAUCAAGUACAACUUGCUAAAAUGAAAGCCUUUGGAGAGCUGCCAUUACUGAGUCUGAGUAUCUCUGACCACAAACUACAAGCAAUUCUUCAACUCCUUCAGAGUAUUCCUUUUCCUGAAUCUGAACCUCCACCUCCAGAAGAAGACAUUUUUAAGGGCCCCAGUCAACUACCAUCUGCAAGUGCAAACAUUUCGACAGCAACUUUACAAUCACAACCAGAAACUAAAAAGUCUAUGGUUUCAAGAUCCUCUGCAGACUAUAUCAACCUUACUGAUAUGGAACUGAAAUUUGAAAUCAAAGAGGUCCGACUAAAGAUUGCACAGACAAUAAAGGGCAAAGAACUUCCUCUACUAGACUUCUUUGUCUUAACUCUUGGUACUAAUGUUGUUCUGAGAACAUUUGACAUGUCAGUCGGUGCUUACCUAGGUGGAAUUUACCUUCAGCAUCAGGAUUUCUCCUCUGAUCCAAAUGGAAAAGUUGUCAAUCUAAUUCACACUCCAAGCUCUGAUGAUACAGAGAGCAAGUUGUUAAUAUUAGAGUAUCUUAAGGCUAACCUUGAUGCUCCUGACUUCAAAAUAGUAUACAAGAACACUGAACAAUCAAUAUCAGUCUCUUUCUCCAUGCUAGAACUACUACUUGACCAAACUGCAAUAAUUGACCUCAUGCAAUUUGCUCAACAACUAGCACCACCAGAACCCAGUGACUCUGUAGAAAAAUCUCCUGGGAUUUCACAAUCUGUGAUUUCAGAAAAAUCAGCUGCAGCUUCGCAAUCUCUUGUUUCUCAAACUGAUAAAAAGGCAAAAGAAGCUAAAAAAGAACCUGAAAAGAAGCCUGUUGCCAAGAAAAAGGGAAAAUUACGAGACAGAGGAAUCAUCGACAUCAAAGUUACAGCUCAACUUGAUACAAUUACUGUUGGCAUUUCCUCACCAACUCAACUUAUCACUAAGAUCAAGGUGAAAGGUAUAAAUGCUGAUGUCAGUCUUCAAGUUGACAAAACAACCAUCGGAGCUGAACUGAAGGAUCUCGUUAUCUUAAACUCAGAUGCUCAAUGCUAUUACCCUGAAAUUUUAUCAAUCAAAGGCUCUGAAGUACUGAAAUGUGGAAUUGUGGCUUAUAAUAAUGGGACAAAAGGUGACAAAUUCUUUAACAUGUCUUGCGUUGAUACUAGCAUUGAUGUCACGAUAGGAUGUAUGCAAUUUGUCUUCCUUAACAAGUAUGUUAAUCAGCUAUUGGGUUUCUUAAACCAAUUCCAAGCAGCUAAAGAAAAAAUUUCUGAAGCUGGAGAGAAAAUGGCUGAAUAUUCCAAAGAAACUGUGGCCAGCUUACAAGAAACUGCCAGUCGAAUUGGUCUAUGCAUCAAAAUGAAAGCACCUCUUAUUCUUGUUCCGCAACACUCAAAGUCUCCCAACAUCUUAUUGGUCGAUCUCGGUAACUUGGACAUCAGCAAUAGUUUCCAUUCAGCUGAGGCCAAAUCAGCAGAUGGCAAACCCGCUGUUAUUGACAAAAUGAGUAUUCAACUCACUUCUCUGAAGGUGUCAAGAGCUAUGUUGAAUGAAGAAAAGAAAAUAUGCACAGAAUAUCUUUUAUUAGAGCCUGCUACAUUAAGUAUAAAUGUUAACAGGAACCUGUCUGCUGGCUGGUACCAUGGGGAACCAGAUAUGAGUAUUGAUGGCAAACAAUAUGCUUUAGCUCUUUGCGUUAGCCAGUAUGACUAUGCUGUAAUUAUGGCAAUAUUAAAUGAAAACUUUUCAGAAGAGCAGCCAGUUGCUUCAGCUGAUCCUUCAAAAGACUUGUCUUCAUUGAAGAGUGCUGAAUCCAGAACUACACCUAAGGCUACUGCUUCAAAGGCACAUGUUGAACCAGAAACUAAAGUGCAUACCGGGGAAAUUUAUACCUCUAUGAAGUUCAAGUUUACACUAAACAGCUUAUCAGCAACACUUUACAUGGGAAAAGAUGAAGUGUCAAGCGAAGCUGGAAUAGUGAUGAAACGAGACAGCAAGAAGUGUCUGGGACAUUUUGAGUUACAGGUGUUUGACAUAGACUUUAAUAUGCAGUCAGAUGGCUCGAUGAAAGCAAAUAUUAUUUUGAAUAACACCAUUUUAGAUGACAGUCGUCCUGUAAAAGAAUAUGCAAUAAGAAGAAUGAUUCAAAGAUACUCUGCAAGUCCAGUAUCAACACCAGCACAAAAUAUGAUUGAAGUGCAGUUUCAGCAAAAUUCCAAAGCAGACAAAGAUGUCAACGUCAAAGUGUGCAACUUGCACAUAUGCGUUUGUUUAGACUUUCUGAUGACUUUAGGAAACUUCUUCACUCAAGGAGCAACAAAAACAGCAACUGCUUCUGAAUCCAAACGUUCAGUACAAGAUUCAAAAACUUCAAGGACUACAGUGUCUGCAGCUCCUGCAGCUCCUGAAAGACCCACAUCAAAUAUGAACAUUAAUGUUUCAAUAUCACAUCCUGAAAUUGUUCUCAUAGAAGAUCAAUGCAACUCUGAAACUAAUGCAUUGGUGCUCCAUUCAAAUAUUGAUUUUAAAAUGGUGUCCACUCCUGAUACCGCUACAAUGUCAGCUAAUGUCUGUGGCCUUCAGAUUGUAUCAUCAACCUUCAAGAAGAGAGAUAAUGGCAUUCAGAUUCUUAACACCUGUGAAAUUAACUUUCAUAGCAGUGCUCCAUUUAACGAAGGCCAGCAUAUACAACUUCAAACAACUAAUCUUGUUUUCAGUAUAUCUCCUGCAACUAUACGGACAAUGACUGCUAUUGCUUCUGGUCUUUCUGCACAACCUGCUGAAGACGAUGAAAAAUCUGACAGCAAAUCACUUGAUAAUCUCUGGAAUGUUAAACCCAUUUCAGAAUGUGAUUUAUGGUAUCUCAAAACUGAUGACAAAGAAGCUAUUGAAAGUGUUAAUAGCACAGAUGUUGAUACAAUUGUUGCUGCUAGACAUGAACAACUAUUGAUGGAGAUUCCAAAAUUAGUCAUUAAGCUAGAAGGAGGUGUUGGUCAAAGAACAGUUCCAUUGCUUAUUGUAGAAUCUGCUUUUCAAGGUGAAGUUAAAGAUUGGAGUAGUAAGAUGGGUGUUACAAGUACACUCAGUUUAGAAGUUGCUUACUAUAAUGAAAAACUAGCAGUAUGGGAACCUCUUUUAGAACCAGUUAUCCAGAGCCACAAGAGAAAGAGGUGGGAUUUAACUGUUGAGGUUGCUGCCAAUGAUGAGGGUAUUCUUAUUGAUGAAGAUAAUGAACCUAUCAUACCUCCAGCUAAGAUGACCAUCAAUGUUCGUUCAACAGAAAAACUUGAAUUGACAAUGAGUAAAACAUGUCUAGAAGUACUCACUAACCUUGGCAAGGCAUUUGGAGAUGCUUACAAACUGGUUGAACCAAGUGCAACAACAUCUGAAACCUUGGCGCCUUACAUCAUUGAGAACAAAACAGGCUUAAACUUGUUACUGAAACUUGACAAUAUGUUUGACAUGCCUGCAAAUGCAGAUAGUGGCAGAGUCCGUCUUGCGCACGGAGGCACUUUAGAGCUCACCGGGCGUGAAGAUUCAAUGGAGUCUAGAAGAGGGUCGGUAAUCAAAGCAACACAAGAAGGAGUGGAAUGUAAAAUAUUAUUCCAGGUGGAACAAUUUGGAGCUACAAGAGAAGUAGUCAUCAAACGUGCAGAGAAACGAGGAUUUCAUAUUAAUCAUCAGACAUUUGGUGGUGAUACAUGGACAAUUGUUUGUGAUAUAGUUGCAGCUUAUGGACAAAAACGUAUCACAUUACAAUCUAUAAUACAGGUUCAUAACCAUUUGUCAGUCCCUAUUGAUGUCUUCUAUCAAGAAAAUAACAAAUCAGAAAAAUGUGGAACAGUUCAGAGCAAUGAUAAAUUCCAUAUACCAUUGUCUGCAGUUUAUACCAGUUCAGCUGAAUUCUAUUUCAGUCCCAACAGCAGCCAGUAUUCUUCCUCUGAAGAACCAAUCAAUUGGAGAGAGGUUGAAGACAAAGGAAUGUAUCAAAUCCACUGCAAAUCACCAAACCGUGAAGAAUCUUAUUUCAUGAAUGUUUGUCCCGAAAUUGAAGAAAUUCAUUCGGAGCAACAAGACAAGGUGGGCGAUGCUAAAAUGUAUACAUUGCAUCUUUGGCCUACUGUUAUUAUUCACAACUUGUUGCCCAUGACCAUUCGCUGUUUACUUGAGAAUACCAGUGAAGAUCUGGAGUUGAAAGUUGGUGAGAACAGUCCACUUUUCAAUGCUUGUAUUGGAACAUCUAAACUGGAAGUGAGAAUUCCUGAAUAUCAAGGCUCUCAAUGGAUUGGGUCUCGUACUCUUGAAAUGAAUAUACCUGAAUUAUCCCAGUGGACAUUCAAAUCUUCUAACAGUGAUUUGGUUAUGGACAUGGGUUUGCAUAACAAAACUGGCAGUGGCAGCCUUGCAAUGACAUUCUACAGCCCUUAUUGGAUGAUAAAUAAAACUGGACAGGAUCUAUUCUACAAAGUAUCUGAGGUAAACCUUUCCAGUUGCUGUUUUGUUGGUGAUAAAUUCCAAGAUCCUCAAUCAUUGGUAUGUUUAGGGCCUUUCUUCAGGAAAUCUUCAAAGAAGCCAGCUCACAACACUAUUUCUCCAAAGAUUUCCUGGAGAAGAGGUCUCAACCCUGAAAUACUGAAAAGCAGGGUACACAAGGAAAAAGAAGGAAAAGGUUGGGAUAAAGGGGACGAGAAAGAGAAAAAAGAGAAGGACAAAAAAAAUCCCAAAGUGAAGGAGUGGCGCCAACAUGGUAAAGCUUGUCUCCAAGUUGCAGAAUCUGAAUGGUCUGACAAGUUUUCACUGGACACUGUCGGAAGCUCUGGUACCGUUCAGUGCAAGAACAAAGCUUCUGGAAUCUAUGAAGUUGGUGUUAACAUCCGUUUAUCUUCCUCUGGUUUAACAAAAAUCGUAACCUUCACCCCAUACCACAUGAUGCUAAAUACUUCAGAGCUAACAUAUUUAGUUCAAGAAAUAACUCCUGAUCCAUCUAGCUGGAUUGAAAUCCGUCCACAACAAUGUAUACCAUUCUGGCCUCUGACAACAAAGAUCGAAUUGAAAGCCAAAGUUCUAGAUACAAAUGAAGAGACCAAUGUCUUCUCCAUAAUCAAACCUCAUUCAACUCUUCUUAAAUUGGAAAACAAUUAUGGAGGAAUCAACAUUGAUUGCCAAAUAACAGAAACUUCCUUUAUUACAACACUGACCAACUACAAAUCUGGUAUGGCCUCUGUUCUUUUGGUGAACCACACCGAUAGGUGUUCAGUCCAGUUUAGCCAGAAAGAUGUGAAAACCACCCAUAUGCUAGGAUCAGAACAAGCCAUGCUAUAUACCUGGGAAAAUCCUUCAGGAAACAGAGAACUCAUCUGGACAUGUGGAACUACCAAAGAAUUAAAGAAUAAUCUCACUCAGGAUGGAAUUGGAGAAUUCUUUGCAGACAAUGACACCAAAGUGUAUUGGGUGUCUUUCUUGGAUGGAAUGCAACGUGUAUUAUUAUUCAGUCAAGAUUUAGCUCUGGUUACAAUUGCUCAACAGGCUGGUGAACUUGAGCGAAUUGAACAAGAAAUCAACUUGUUUAUAUUUGGAUUAGGAUUGUCUUUGGUAAAUAAUUACAACCAAACAGAAGUGGCCUAUCUAGGUAUCACCAGUUCUGGUGUCAUUUGGGAGGAAAAGAAAAAACGGUUCAAAGCCUUGAAUUUGAAGUCAUGCGCCUACUUGGAAGAUGGUUACCAAAAAUAUCUCAACGAACUUUCUCUAGGUAAUGCAGCAGCUUCAUCCCGCAAGACUUUAGAAAAUAAAUUUGAAGUUGAUUUCAAAGAAAUGAUUAUGACUAAACCGAACAAACGCAUCAUUAGACGAAGCUUCCAGGAUGGAAUCUGGUUACAAUAUAAAACUUCACCUCAUCAACUACAGUUGCAUGCUAAAAUUAAUCGUCUCCAGUUGGAUAACCAAAUCAGUGGAGCAGUUUUUCCAACUGUUUUGGCACCAAUUCCACCUCCAAAAUCUGUAGCAGCUGAUAGUGUUCCUAAACCUUUCACAGAAAUCAGUAUUAUGCAACGAAAACAUGAACACAGCAAUGUUGUUCAAGUCAAAUACUUUAAGGUGCUAAUUCAAGAGAUGUCUGCAAAAGUGGACCAGAACUUUUUGAAUGCUGUUCUUCAACUAUUCUCAUCUGAUGAAAUCAUUUCAAACACUGAAGAGACCCGUCUGUUCCUUGAAGACUGUAAGAUAACCCAGACAGAACUUAUUGAUGUGGCUGGUGUGUCUCUUGUUGAAGAACAAAAGAACUUCUAUGACUACUUACACUUCUCACCUAUCAAGAUUCAUUUGAGUUUCUCUCUGCAAGGUGGUGGAGAAGAUGGUCCAGCAGAAAUUAAAUCCAACAUUCUCAAUAUUUUCCUCCAGAGUGUUGGUGUUGUACUAACUGAUGUUCAGGAUGUCGUUUUCAAACUUGGGUAUUUUGAAAGAAAUCACAGUUUUUAUAACCAAAGUCAAUUAAUUGGUCAGAUGAGUCAACACUAUGCUGGACAGGCAAUUAAACAAAUGUAUGUGUUGGUACUCGGCUUAGAUGUCUUAGGCAACCCAUUUGGACUGUUACGAGGCCUAGGAGAAGGUUUAGAAGAUCUCUUCUAUGAGCCAUAUCAGGGUGCCAUUCAAGGACCAGAGGAAUUCGCUGAAGGACUUGCUCUUGGAGUCCGCAGUUUAUUUGGUCAUGCUGUUGGUGGUGCUGCGGGUGCUGUGUCAAGAAUCACUGGAGCUAUGGGAAAAGGUAUUGCUGCCCUCACUUUAGAUGAUGAAUAUCAGAAGAAACGAAGAGAAGCUAUGAAUAAACGCCCUGCCAAUGUCCGAGAAGGUUUUGCCCGUGGAGGAAAAGGACUUGUUAUGGGUGUAGUCGAUGGUGUUACUGGUAUUGUACGAAAACCCAUUGAAGGUGCCCAAAAGGAAGGUGUUGAAGGUUUCUUCAAGGGUAUUGGUAAAGGUUUAGUUGGUGCCGUAACACGCCCGACAAGUGGAGUGAUUGACUUUGCUAGUAGCUCCCUUGACAGUAUACGCAGAAUUGCUGAAAUGUCAGAUGAGAUCCGCCGUUUGCGCCCACCACGUCGAUUCCAUAAUGACUUGAUAAUCCGGCCAUACAAUCAUCAAGAAGCUGAAGGCUAUGCAAUUUUACAAGAAACUGAGAAAGGAAUUUAUGCUGCCACUGAUGAAUAUAUUGCUCAUGCUGUUGUAACUAAAGAUGGAAAAAAUGUUCUUUUAGUGACAGAUAAACGUCUCAUAUUUGCUAACCGUGGUGAAAUCUUUGGCCACUGGGACUGUGAGUGGACACACCUUUAUAGUGAACUUAGAGAGACUCCAAAAUCUCAUACAAAAGGAAUAGAGAUCAUCCUGAAAGAGAAGGAGAAAAAGAAAUUCUUUGGCAGCAAUCUGCCGAAAAAGGUUGUGAUGAUACAAGAUCAAAAAGUGAAAGAGUGGAUUCUCACCAAGAUCACUGAAGCCAUGGCCCGUGCUUAAAGUACUUACCAUGGAUACACAGUCGAAAAGUUAGUCAUAUAUAAGUCUAUCCCUAAAGAGAUUUUGAAAUGAAGUCUCUAAUUGCUGCCUCUGCUGCUGUUUCUUCCAACAGGUCUUUCCUGUUGCUUGCCUUUUGUUAAAGAAAAAAAUAUACAGAUCUUUGCUCUCCUCAUGCUCAUGAAACUGAAAGGAAAUGUUCCAGAAAUUGCUGCUACUUAAUGCUCAUGCAAAAUUAACUGAGAUUGCUCUUGCUCAAAUAAAUCUACAUGUCUGUGUGUCACUUGUCAAUAUCUUUGCUGAUGAAAAGGAAGAGAAAUCUGUUUAUCUAUCUUCUUUUUCAGUUUUGGAAAAGAUAGUUGUUUAUUUUACAAGUAAAUAUUGUGAUUUGUGUAAAUAGUUAUUUCACUAUUAAAUAAAUUUUUUUAAAAUAGCAAAAAAUAAAAUCAGCCAUUCAAUUUAAUUGCUUUAAUUUUUAAAUAAAAUACUUACAAAUUAUAUAUAUAUAUAUAUAUAUAUAUAUAUAUUCUUAUAAUAGUAACAAAUAUAUUUGAAAUGUUCCAUAUAUGCUUCAGUAGAAUAUAUAGUCAGUCUAUCAUACAUAUAUAUAGUGCAGCUAUGUUGGGGAGAUACUAUGUAUAACAUACAUACUUAGUAGAUAUGUAAAACACUUCUUUUUAAUUGUUUACUCAAAAGAAAAUAGAAAAGAUUCAGCUUUCAAAUUAUCUACUACACAAUGCUUUGUCUUCAUUAUAUCAAUGCGCAAACCAAUCACCGAGAUGCAAAGUACAAUUCUAGAUACACCCAGCAAAAUGCUGCACUACAGCCUAAGAGAUAUAUAUAUGAACACAUGCAAGCAAGCACAUAUAUUUUAUUUUCAACUUAAUUCAGUGCCUUUUUUUUAGCUUUCAAAAGAAAAAGAAGAAGAAAAAAAACAAGAAAAAAAGAGAAAGUGCCUAGCUGCGUGUGUUGUGCUGAAAGACAUAAACGAUGGAACUAUUAGUUUAUGCCAAAUGUAAACCUCUACAUAUUCAGCCAAUGUCACCAGCUUCUAUAUGUUUAGUUACUGUUCUAUAGUUUCUGCUAAACACUUUGCAAUACUUAUAGGGUAUAAUUCAUCAACACAGUACCAUUUUAUUUUGGUGAGAUAGCUGGGGAAUGUGAUACUAUUUAAUGUACAGCUGCUAUUGCUAUGUUAUAAACUUUUAGUUUAUUAUUGUUGUUGCCUGUUACUAUACAGGAGUAUAACUAUUCUGUGAAACAAAAUGUAUGUUAUAACUCUUAAAAGUCAUUUCCAACUACUUUCCUUAGUCACUGCCAUGCCAUGUAUAUAGUUUUUAGUUACAUCAACGAACUAGGAAAAGCUUGUAAUAUCUUGAUUUAUUUAAAGCUUCUUUCUUAUUGCUCUCCCAUUCAUCACUAGACAAAACAUUUGCAUAUAGGUUCAGCUAUUCUUAGCAACCACUGUAAUUAAAAGAAUGAAAGAAAUAGUAAUAAACUAUACAAAUUUAUUGCUUUCAUAUUUUCUUAAUAACACAAACUAAUCCUCAAGAAAUAUUUUAAUGACAGCACGUUAGAUAUUAUGAGGUGUAUAUUCCUGUCACUAUCAUUCACACACACACACUUUCCACAGAGUAUUUAUCGUAAUUUCACAAUCUGUAACCAGCUUUGGUUCAAAUUUGCCAAUGUUUUACUUUCAUGGCUCCUAAUAAUCCCUCAAAAUAUAUUGCAUUCUUUCUGUUUAUUACUAAUCUUUCAACUGUGAAGUUAUUAUGUUUGUUUGGAAAUGUGUCCUGUGUGUCUGUGUAUAUGUAUCCUAUGUGUAUGUGUUGUUUUAAUUCCAUGACUGUCUCCCUGCUCUACAUCUCACCUGGCUGUUGUACUGGCUGAAUAAACCCAGUUAUUUUGUUUUAUUUUUGAUGGCUUCAUAUUACAAUCCCACCAUGUACCAAACAAUCAUUUCACUGGAAAUUGGUUCUUAUCUCUGUGUUCUAUGUUACCUAUUAAACUAGUGGCUGCUUUAUAAUUCCAACUUUUAAAGAUUGAAACUUGUACUCGGUUUCAUGGAAAGAUGAAAUAAAUUACAUAUCUUGUUUAUGAUCUCCACUCUAGUGAAUAGAUUGACAGUAACAAUUGUUUAAAAUGAUUUAUUCCGCCCAACUUCUGCUUAAUUUGAUUUCCUUUUGCCUACUUCAAACAUUUCAUUCAAACAUUGAAAAUAUAUAUAGGGAAGUUUCUAUCAGUAACUGAUAAAUUUUUCAUGCAUUUUUGUUUCUUUUGUAAGAAGUUAGUUUGUUGGUAAAAGACAGAAAUUGAAGUAGGGAUAUAUUAAUUUAUCUUUCGUCUUCUUACCUGUUUAACAUUACAAUUUUAAGUUAACUUUGCUGACAAUCUGUGAAGCUAAUGUUAUGAGCUGGAUUAUAGAAAAACAAACUAAUUUUGGAACUUUUUCAUAUCUUACAGUUAAGCUGUUUUAGUCAAUACAAAAAUUAUAAAUGGUAUUAAGUUGGUCCUCAUCACUUGAUAUGAAUAAGAAAAUCCUGUCUUUAUAACAAAUGGAGUUAAAGACAUAAUAUUCUAUUAGAAAUAAGUUUAAGAGUGGCUGCUCUCUUCACAACCAAGAAUAUUCAGAUAUAGUUCAAUUUAUAUAACAUUAAAUUUAGAGAUUACAUAUUAAAUUCAACACUCAGUCAUAAUAUCUAAGUUUCUUGAUUAAAUCAAAAGAGAAUUUUCUUCAUAUCAGUAAUUUUUACUUGGUUUUUCACUUUUUCACACCAAAGAAAAAAGUAAAAUUCAGGGCAAUUUGUUAUUCUGUUUUAAGUAUAACUAAAUGACAGCGUUUUAUUAUUUACUAUCUUCUCAAAUUAAAUCAACCCCUUUCUUUUUAAUGCUGUAGCAAAAAUUGUUUUCCUUUUGCUCCUUGUUAAUGGAAUCCUGUGGUAUGGAUCUUAUCUAGAAACUGCUGAAACAUGUCUAGAAACAUUAAUUCCAACCAUUAAUCUCCAUUAGCACACUUUCUUAUACUGACUACAAAAAUAAAACAAGUCAAUCAGAUAGGACCCAGACUAAUAAAGUAACUCUGUUAUGAAAAUGUUCAAAAAUACUGGCACUUUUCAAAGAAACUAAAGUUUGAAUAUCUCUUGUAGUAACUACUGUAGAGUCUUUAUUACAAGAAAUAAUUCAACAAAGGAGCAAGCUAGACUUUAUUUUUGACUGCUUCCUUAUUUAUAGAUGCAAUAUAAAAUGGUUCAUUAUAUGGAAUCUAUGGACAUGGAACUGUUGAAAUUUUAGGGUUUUGUUUCUGAUUUUUUUUUUCUUCUGUUUGUCUCUUUUUUUUAUUAGUUCAUUUCAUAGUAAUAACUGUAUCAAUUUGUAAACCUUUCAAAAUUUUGGCGGGAAAAAUUGUCAUAUUUCUAUGAAAAAAGAAAUUUUGCCAGUGAAGAAGUCAAAGCUACUGACUUUUGUAAAGUAUUUUAUGUUGUUUCAUAAACAAUAAAGAUCAUUGUUUAUAGCCAAAAA